AGCAGCAGUACACAAGUAACUGCUUGCUGUCAACUUAGGUUGACAUUAUGGCUUUUCUGUUCAGGCUGGUGGUGGUCUCCUUACUGGCAUUGCAGAUAUGUAAAGUAAAAGCUUCAUAUGUGCCUUCAAAGCCUGAGGCUGGGAUUCUAACUUGGGGUCCAAACAAACCACACAAACUGCCAGAUGUGCAACGCUAUGCCCCAUGGUUUCCAAGAGGUUUCCAUGGUUUCUUUACCCCUCACCAGGAACAGGGCAGUAGUAAACCUCACCUGCCUACUGAGCCGAAGUUCCCAAUCGGAGGUGCAGUCCCUCUGUUUAAGCCACCACAGUUUCCUAGAGAGCCUCCUUGUCAAGCAGGUUCUUGCAGGUCACCAAUAUUCCCUGUUGAGCCAAGGUACCCAAUAGGAGGUCCAGUCCUUCUGUCCAACCCACCAGCACUUCCUAUUGUGCCAGAGUACCCAUUCAGACUUCUAGCCCCCUCGUCCAACCCACCAAUGCUACCUGUUGAGCCGAAGUACUCAAUAGGCCAUCCAGGCCAGCUGUUCUACCCGUUAAUGUUUCCAAUUGCCCCAGAGUACCCAGUAGGAUUUAAAAUCCCUCCCUUAAACCCACCAACGCUUCCUGUUGAGCCCAAGUACCAAACAGGAUUUCCAAUCCCUCCCUUCAAUCCACCAAUGCUUCCUGUUGAGCCAAAGUACCCAAUUGAAGGUCCAGUCUCUUCAGUCAAGCCACCACGGUUUCCUAGAAGGCCUCCUUGUUCAAGUGGAGGACGAUCAGGUUCUUGCUGGCCACCAGCUUAUCCCAUUGAACCAAAGUACCCAAUAGGAGGUCCAGCCCUUCCAUCCAACCUACCAGGGCUUCCUGUUGCGCCAGUCUACCCAUUUGGAUUUCUAGUCCCCCAGUCCAACCCACCAGUGCUUCCUAUUGAACCCAAGUACCCAAUAGGAGGUCCAGUUCUUCAAUCCAACCCACCAGUGCUUCCUGUGGAGCCCAAGUAUCCAUUUGGAGGGCCAGUCCCUCUGUUUGACCAACCAGUACUUCCUGUUGAGCCAAAGUAUCCAAUAGGAGGGCCAGUAUCUCGGGCCCAACCACCACAGCUUCCUAGUAAGCCUCCUUGUUCAGUGGGGAGUCCCUUUAGUGUUUGUAGGCCACAAACAUUCCCUGUUAAGCCCAGGCAUCCUACAGAGGCUCCAGUCAACCAUAGCCUAAUGCCUUUUUUCCAAACCUUGGAGUCUGGCAAGGUUCCUAAAGAGCCCCUUCAUCAUGGAGAGCCACCCAAGAGUCCAAGAUGCUAUAGCAAAUGGCCGUUUCUGCAAUCAAAACCCUGCAUCUAGAGCACUUCAGAAGGUCCAGAAGUAAUUACACCAAAUUAUUCACCUCUGUCAAUAAAGGACUCGUUACAAAACUUA